CAUUCAGUGUUGAUAGCCGGCGAAAUAGAAACGAAAGAUAGGAAAAUAUCGUCCAAGUCUAAGAUUUACCAAAAUUGUAUUUAUCUGCAUUUAAUCAUGGUUUCCCGAUUCGACCAACAAAAGACCAAGCACCAGCUCUUCCACGUGUCCCUCAGCCUUGCCACCAUCCUAAUCUGCAUGGCGUACAUGCAGUAUCGCCGGAAUUGGGCACAUCUCGGCAGCUUCUGGGAUUCUCUGGUCGUCCCUAUUGUUUUCCUCGGAGAGCUGCUAAAAGUUGUAUUGGCUCGCUUCUACGGAAAGGUUGAGGAUGGCGUCCUGACCGCCAAACAGCGCCAGAAAAAAAACUCGUACUUUACGCCGCGGGAGCUCCUCGGAGGAUUCACCCUGCAGUUCCUGUGUACACUUCUCUACGCCUUUAUCUGCAUCAUUUUGGGAGCCCCGGUGCUGGGCAACUAUGAGCAGACUUUCGUCUUGGCCUUACUGAUGACCUUGUUGACGGUGUCACCCACAGUUUUUCUCCUCGGUGGCGGAGGAGCACUCCAAGUGUGCUUCUGCGAGAAACCGGACUUUGUUACCAAGUGCGAGGACACGGCUCUGAAUCUGUUCAAGUACAACGCACUGGGAGGUAUUCUGGGAGCUUGGGCCGGGAGCGUGGUGGCUCCCCUGGACUGGGGACGUGACUGGCAGGCUUAUCCCAUUCCCAACGUGAUCGGAGCACUGCUGGGAAGCGCUCUGGGCAAUAUAUACGCUUGUACGCAUGUCCUCUACGCCACAGCCCGAGUUUACAUGACCAAGAAACGCACUUAAAUCUAAUAAUAAACUUUU